CCGCAGCGAUGGCAGAACUAUUGCUCGAUUCCAACAUUAGAUUUUGGGUUUUCCUACCUAUAGUAGUGAUCACCUUCUUAACUGGAAUAAUCAGACACUAUGUAACAAUACUUUUAUCAUCAGAGAAAAAGACAGAGUUACAACAAGUAUCCGAUAGUCAUGCACUCAUCCGCAGCAGGAUGUUGAGAGAAAAUGGGAAAUACAUUCCAAAACAGAGUUUUUUGAUGCGCAAACAUUUUUUCAAUCAUGAAAAUGAUGGAUUUUUCAAAAAGGAGAAACGUGAAGGUGUUGCAAAGAAUCCAAUGACAGAUCCUAACAUGAUGACAGACAUGUUGAAAGGCAACGUUACUAAUGUCUUACCUAUGAUAGUCAUAGGAGGAUGGAUCAACUGGGCUUUCUCAGGCUUUUUAACAACAAAAGUACCAUUUCCAUUGACUCUUAGAUUCAAGCCAAUGUUGCAGAGAGGGAUAGAAUUGCAGUCAUUAGAUGCAUCAUGGGUUAGUUCAGCAUCUUGGUAUUUCCUUAAUGUUUUUGGUCUGCGAAGUAUGUAUACUCUGAUACUAGGACAAGACAAUGCUGCUGAUCAAACAAAGGCAAUGCAGGAACAGAUGUCAGGGGCGGGGAUGAUGACCCCACAGGACCCCAUGAAAGCCUUCAAAUCUGAGUGGGAGUCGCUGGAGGUGAGCACACACAACUGGUGUUUGGCUGGUGUAGAAGAGGAACUCAUUGAUGGACAUAUACAACCAGAGACAAUUUACAUCAAAAACAAAUACUCCUAGUUAGAAUAUUGAUGAAUGAUCUCAUUUGUUUCCCUUCUGAUGUUGACCCACAUUUCCAUUCCUCUUCAGUGAUAUUUAAACCUGAUAUCAACUCACAUAAUUCCAUUUUGGUAUGGUGACAUUUUGUAAGUUUCAAAUGUGUUGAAUUUCAAACAGAAAAUGUAGCUUUACACACAAUUAUGUGUAUUAUGUUAACAUGUACACAGGUCAGGUGAGCUGUUAAUAUGUACACAGGUCAGGUGAGCUGUUAACACGUACACAGGUCAGGUGAGCUGUUAUAAUGUAUACAGGUCAGGUGAGCUGUUAUAAUGUACACAGGUCAAGUAAGCUGUUCACAUGUACACAGGUCAGGUGAGCUGUUUCUGAAGAAAAAAACAGUUUUUUUACCUGCUUUUAUGUUAUGAUUGAAAAAAUUAACAAUUAAAGUAUUAAUUGCAACAUCAGCUUUCCAAGAUGAAAUAUAUGGGGAAAGAAAAUAUUUUACAUCAACAUCAGUUUCUAUGGAAUUUCGAAUUGUAGUGAAUACCUUUAGAAGAUCAAAGUUGAUUGUUGCUUUGUAAGAGGUAGCGUUUAAUGUCAUGUCACUGUAUUUCAAGGAAUAAGGGAGAUAAUUACCAAACUCAUGGAAAAUUUACCAGUAUCUUAACACUGGCUUCUGGUCCUAGAACAUAUACACAGGAACAGAACUUAUCUUGAAAAUCAAUAUGUACAAAAUUCAGUGAUAUUCCUAUAUAGUUAAUGAAAUAACAAAGCUUGAGUAAAAAAAAAACACCAUUAGAUCUGUAAUGUUCUGCAUUUUAUGUCCUCCCCUUUGUGUAUUUUUAUUUAUUUAUGAGAAUGAACACCUAAAAAUAGAAAUUGAUCAUGUGCGUCUUAAUGAAGAGUUCAAGAGGUUUUUGUCAUAACAUAAUUGUAAUUAUCAACCAGACAUCCAUUUAUUACAUUUCCUUAUAUAUACCCAUUUGAGGAAGUCCUUUUAUAAAUUAAAUAAUUGAAAUAACUACUGCACAAUUCAGUAUUGUAGUAAUAAAUAAAUAUCUUAAACAG